UCUCUCUCCCCUAAAUUAACGCCCAUCGAUCGUAUUCCAGUUUUGGAGUUGGGUCUCUCUCUCUCCAUCGUAUACUAAGAUCUGAAUAUUCUCUCCUUGCCUCGGCAACUUUGAUCUCCACGUGAUCGUACAAAUCAGAAUUGAAAAUUCAGAAUCAGGGCAAAAUCAGCACCCUCCGUUGAUUCAUCUCCCUUUUCAAUUUCAUGGUUUUCCCCUUUCUGAUGCAUCCUCCGUCGCCUUUAUUAUCUUCCCUCUUCCCCGCCUCCUCUUCUCUUUUCAUUUCCAUCUCCAUAACCGUCUCCACCAUCUAUUCCUCUGCUCAAUCAGAAACCAUUUCCUUCGUUCUUUAACCUUUCCCCCCCUUCUUUCGUUUUGGACCCCUUUUCCUCUCUCUUCGUGGGUUUCUUGUUCCGGUCAAGAUGAGUGUUGCCAAGUCUCAGGUAUGGCAGCCGUGUAAAAAGAAGAGGUCUUGAUCGCAUAACCGCACCAGCUCUAGGGCAGCCAGAUUCAAUUGGGCCGACAGAGAGAGGCCAGGAGAAGGCGGAGGGCGAGGGAAUUUGUGGGGUUAAUAUGGCGACUAGAGGGCAUGGACACGGGCACGGACAUGGUGGAAGCGGGAGCAGAACUCGCGUCGGGAGGUACGAGCUCGGAAGGACGCUUGGGGAAGGAACCUUUGCGAAGGUGAAGUUUGCCAGGAAUGUUGAGAACGGUGAGAACGUAGCCAUUAAGAUUCUCGACAAGGAGAAAGUCCUUAAACACAAGAUGAUCGCUCAGAUCAAGCGAGAAAUAGCAACCAUGAAGCUUAUUCGACACCCAAAUGUCAUCCGUAUGUACGAGGUGAUGGCAAGCAAGACAAAAAUUUACAUCGUCAUGGAAUUCGUGACUGGUGGUGAACUUUUCGACAAAAUUCAGGCAAGUAGAGGGAGGCUGAAAGAAGACGAAGCAAGGAAGUAUUUUCAGCAGCUUAUAAAUGCAGUCGAUUAUUGCCACAGUAGGGGUGUAUAUCAUCGAGAUCUAAAGCCUGAGAAUCUGCUUCUAGAUGCUUCUGGAGUCCUUAAAGUCUCAGACUUUGGAUUGAGUGCAUUGCCUCAGCAAGUUCGAGUAAGUAUGGAAGAUGGGUUACUCCACACUACAUGUGGAACGCCAAAUUAUGUUGCUCCAGAGGUAAUCAACAAUAAAGGUUAUGAUGGAGCCAAGGCGGAUUUAUGGUCUUGUGGUGUGAUUCUUUUUGUCUUGAUGGCUGGUUACUUGCCUUUUGAAGAUUCUAACCUCAUGCAACUGUACAAAAAGAUUUUUAAAGCGGACUUCUCUUGCCCUCCGUGGUUCUCCACCAGUGGAAAAAAACUAAUCAAAAGGAUAUUGGAUCCUAAUCCAGCUACGCGAAUCACUAUUGCUGAGGUUAUUGAAAAUGAGUGGUUUAAGAAAGGGUACAAGCCACCUGUUUUUGAACAAGCUGAUGUUAGUCUUGAUGAUGUGGACUCCAUCUUCAAUGAUUCAGCGGACACUCGGAAUCUUGUUGUGGAGAGGAGGGAAGUUGGACCUGUUGGUCCUGUGGCCCCUGUGACCAUGAAUGCUUUUGAAUUGAUCUCUACAUCUCAGGGUCUCAAUCUCAGUAGUCUGUUCGAGAAACAGAUGGGACUUGUUAAACGUGAAACUAGAUUUGCAUCAAAAAGUUCUGCUAAUGAGAUAAUGACACAAAUUGAAGCAGCAGCAACACCUUUGGGUUUUGACGUGAAGAAGAACAACUUCAAGAUGAAGCUUCAAGGAGAGAAGACUGGGCGUAAAGGUCACCUGUCAGUUGCAACUGAAAUCUUUGAGGUUGCUCCUUCUCUUUACAUGGUUGAGGUUCGCAAGUCUGGUGGUGACACCCUGGAAUUCCACAAGUUUUACAAUAACCUGUCGACUGGAUUGAAGGAUAUCGUUUGGAAAACAGUGGAUGAAGAAAAGGAGGAAGGAAACAUACAGAUUGAAAGCACAAGUUGAAACAGCAGGUUUACUUGAUAAUAAAUGUCUGUUGACCUCAGCUUGGUCCUGGGAGCUGCAAUGGGAUUGGGAUAUCUGUCUACUGCUAGUACCUUUGGUUUAGUCAUUAUAAAGGACUAGAAAGUUUGAUGCAUAUAUUGGAGCAACAAAAAAUAAAAUGUUGAGUGCAUAUAUAUUAUAGUUGUGGGUGUGUUGCAGUAGAAGCAGCUACUAAGAAUAGGCUGUUAAGACCGCAUAUUAUGAAACUAUAAUAUGAAGUCUGUGCUUGUAAACUUGGACCUGUGAAUGUGAAGCCUGCCACUGUGGCGAGUUUCUCUGCUUUGUUUUGUUCGAGUGAGUAGGACCAAAACUCAACAACUGGGAUUGCAGAUGGGAAAACAGUAAAAUAGUGCGAUUUUGUUGUCUGUGAAAAUGGGAAGCUUGUGAGCCAUAUCCUAGAUCAGAGAAUAACAAAAUUGUAUUCUCUGCAAGUUAAAUUUUUUUUUCCUUCAACGGUUACAAGUCUGUAAGUUAAAAGUUAGUUGAAGUAGAAAGAAGAUUUAGUUAGUCAUAUAAUGCGUUACCAUGUUCACACGAAUGUUCAAACAAAUCAUACUCAAUUGAGUCUUUUUCGUGCGAGUCACAUCUAUGAAGAA